AUGCCAGCGGGACCUGCUAUCGGCAUUGACUUGGGAACGACGUUUUCCUGCGUCGGUGUUUUCCAAUGUGGCAAGGUGGAUAUCGUAGCUAACGAUCAGGGUAAUCGCACAACGCCAUGUUAUGUGGCCUUCACAGAUAAGGAACGCCUCAUCGGUGAAGCCGCAAAGGCCCAGGCUGGCACGAACCCCACCAAUACGGUGUUCGAUGUAAAACGUCUACUCGGGCGCCGAUUCAUCGAUGAGGCAGUGCAGAGUGACAUGAAGCACUGGCCCUUCAAAGUUAUAAAUUCAAAAGAGAAGCUGAAAAUCAAAGUACAGCAUUGCGGUAUAACAAAGCAUUUCGUUGCGGAGGAGGUCUCAUCCAUGGUGCUGUCAAAGAUGAAGGAGACAGCACAGGCCUACUUAGGGGAAGAGGUCACAGAUGCGGUGAUCACUGUGCCUGCGUACUUCAACGUCAAUCAGCGACAGGCCACAAUUGAUGCAGGAAAAAUAGCUGGUUUAAAUGUUCUGCGCCUCCUCAAUGAGCCGACGGCUGCUGCAAUUGCAUAUGGCUUGGACAAGAAGAGCGAUCAGCAGCGCAAUGUGCUCAUCUUUGAUUGGGGUGGUGGCACCUUCGACGUGUCCAUUCUGUCCAUCGAGAAUGGAAAAUUCGAUGUGAAGGCGGUUGGUGGUGACACGCAUCUGGGUGGUGAGGACAUUAAUUCUCGACUUGUGGCUCACUUUGUGGAGAUGUUCAAGCAAGCACACGAAGGACUGGACUUGACAACCAACAAGAGGGCGAUUGGCCGUUUGAGAAAGGCAUGUGAGGAGGCAAAGAGGACAUUGAGCUCGGCUGAGUACACGAAUAUAGAGGAAGAAUCGUUGUUUGAAGGCAUCGAUUUCAGUGCAAACCUCACACGGGUCCGAUUUGAGCAGUUGUGCUUGGACCUCUUCACUCGGACGAUGGAAACGGUGGAGACGGCUUUGCAUGAUGCCAAGUUGGACAAGGAUGACAUCCAAGAGGUAUUGUUAGUGGGUGGGUCCACGCGUAUUCCCAAGGUGGAGGAGAUGUUGCGGGACUUCUUCCCUUGCAGUAAGCUGAACAAGUCUAUGAAUCCAGACGAGGUAGUGGCGUACGGUGCAACGUUGCUGGCGUCAAAUCUGACUUGUGAAAAUUCAAAGGUGGUGGAGGAUCUGAUACUGCUGGAGGUAACGCCAUUGUCACUAGGUGUGGCAACCACAGGUGGUGUAAUGACGACGCUGAUAAAGCGCAACACGAAGAUUCCCACAAAGAGCACAAAAAUCUUCUCCACGUGCUCAGACGAUCAACCAAGUGUGUUGGUCCAAGUGUAUGAGGGUGAGCGUGCAAUGGUGAAUGACAACAACUUGUUGGGAGAAUUUAAGUUGUCAGGAAUCCCACCGGCGCCGCGUGGUGUGCCCCAGAUUGAAGUGACCUUCAGCAUUGACCUGAAUGGCAUUCUCAACGUGUCGGCGAUGGACAAGUCGGCGGGGAAGGAGAACAGCAUCACCAUCGCUAAUAACACGGGUCGUCUGACAGAAGAAGAGAUCGAGCAAAUAGUGAGUGAUGCGGAGAAGUUCAAGGAGGCGGAUCAAAAGGAGAAAAGUAGGAUGGAAGCUAAGGUCAAGUUAGAGAACUACAUCUUUAGCAUAAAAUGGAAAAUGGAGGAGGAAGAGAUGCAGCAAAAGACAGCGGAGGGGUCGAGUGAAGACAUACUAACGAUGUGUGAGACGACCUUGAAGUGGCUAGACAUCGACCCAGAUGCCACAAAGGAGGACUAUGAUCUAAAGCGCAAAAACCUGGAGACCCUGUACAGCGCCUUUGUAGCAAAGCAGAACCUCUGA